UCAGCGUCACGUCGGUAGCUUCACUCCGAUUUACCGCCGCGACACGGCGCGAGUCGAGCUAGAGUGAAGACGUCGAAUCGACGCGGUUGACCUUUGCUUUCUGUAAUAUAUAUACAUACAUACAUACCGUCAAAAACAACGCUCGGCACGCGGUUUGUUUUUUGUCGUCGCCGCGCGCUCUAUUGUGUCACUGCGGCGCGCGGCGCGCGGCGCGCGGCGAGUCGUGUUGUUAUUGUCUCGGGCGACGUUCGAGCGGGCAGGCACGGCACAGAGCAUCUCAAGUACGUCGUUAUUAGCCAUCGGGACGCGAUAGCGACGAGAGUGCCGGGAGAAAGUGCGACGAUCAUUCCGUGUUGUACGUAUACGAGUAGCGAUUCCGUGCGACUACUUAACUCCCGCGAUUCGCAAGCGUGUCCAACCCGACGGCGCGGCGGCUGUUUAUCGUGACAUAUAUUUCGCGUGAUUUAUCAAUUGGAAGUAUUAGACAUCGUAGUUCAAGUACGUACAUGCGUUAGCGCUCGUAAAACACCUUGUGCGUGCACACUGCGCGGAAGCCAUCUUGAUUAGUCGUCUCGAUUUCGGCCUCUUAACCCUCGCUUGACUCGCGCGAUAAAUCGAAGUCGCGACUCGCGAUAGUGAAGUUGACGUCAUCCGCCGUCGACGCUCUUUCCCGCCACGGAACGCCACGGAACGCUACGCAGCGCAAGGAAACGCUCUCGAAUACGCUUUUAAUGGAGAAUCGCGUACGUUCUGCGCAAUUGAUUCUGCAUCCGUUGCGUCACGGUAAUGAGCGCGCGCGUGUGAGACUGUGUGUGCUGUGGAAAAGCAGUGCUGCGAAGGAUUCCGGAGGGAAGAAGCAGCAGAGGCUUGAUCGGUGGAGGGAGGCUUUUGGAUUGGAUUGCGCCAUAUUAGACUGCACAAUUCUUCUUAAGAGAUUCAACAACCUUGGCUACGCAUCCGUUACAUGUCCGGACACCUUACCUUACAUCGAAGUAGAAGGUUUCUGGGAAUUUUCACAGGAAUAUAUAUCAACUUAUCGGAGCCAGCCUUUCAACAUCCAAAGCCGCCCCGCUCUGCACGUCAACGGCCCGGCCGUCUCCUAACUUUCUUAUUCAAGAUGUUUUGAGAGCAAUUUAACUUGGACUCCGGUCGAAGGGUGCCGGUUCCGGUGCCGCCGCGCUGGUACGGAGGUAGUUAAGAGCUGAAUAAAACGCGCGGAAGGAAAGUGACUGCCGAGCCGUAAUGCGGGA